ACGAUUUGAGCACAGUAUACAGAAAUACUGUGAUUUGAGGUUAUAACCGUGUAAACAAAUAAAUAUGUCUUUUACUUUAUCAAGUAAAUUAUAUCCGGCAAAUCACAAAACUGUAUUUGUACUAGAUCAUACACCCUACUUCGGAAUAUCAUGUGAAAACCCUAUAGAAUUUGAAUUUCUAAAAAGUCGUACUCCAGGUUUCAUACCUAUGAACCCCAUUUCUAAGUCUCUGUGGACUUCUAGUGUUGAAUCAGCUAUAGAGUAUUGUAGGAUAGUGUGGGACUUGUUUCCUCAAGGAAAAUUGGUUAGAUUUAUAGCUAGUGAUACUGUUGCUCAUAUUUUAAACACAUGGAGCCCCCUACAACAAAAUUUAACACAUAUCAUGAACGGUAUGUCUCUAAUAGGUGUACCUCCCCCUCCUCCCCCACGAUCAGUAAGUACGCCUAUGGACCAUACGGUAUUGCACGGUUUACGUGCUGCUAUUGAAGCAUUAAGCGAACCCACUGACUUGCAACAGGAAAAGAUCAGGAACUCCUUAGAAAAUCAUAAAAUACUGAAUAGAGCCAGAGUAAUUUGUAUCACUUCCGCCAGAGAUAACGACAGCAUGAAAAGAUUGGAAGAUAUUUUUUUGACAGUUCUCAACCAACAAAAUAAGGUGUCUUCUUCNUUUGUCAUUGAAAUUAAAUUAUUUGAAUUGUUACGUUUGCAGACCACGCUGAAAUGGUGUACCCCACGAGGAGUGACUGGUUCGGAACUUCAAAAUUGCACUUGCAUGCAUCGAAUAACGCCGGUCGAUGUAAAUUCCAGGCCUUCCCUGUGUCUGAUUAAUUUUCUUUUGAACGGUAGGUCAGUCAUGUUGGAAAUGCCCAGAAAAGCUGGUGGAAAAAUUACCAGUCAUCUAUUAGCUGCUCACGGUGGCGAGAUUUUCAUUCACACUUUGUGUACAGCCAGGUCUGUUCUUGAAGAUCCCCCAUCGAUAUCGGAAGGCUGUGGUGGUAGAGUAACCGAUUAUAGAAUCCCCGAUUUUGGUGCGUUCAUAAAACAGAAUACCUUACUUCCGAUUAAAAUAAAAACCAACGAGGAUGCAGGUCAGCCCAUUCAGAAAAUGAAAACAAGAGUAAAUAGACUGACACGAUAUUGGCCAUUGACAAUAAGCUCCACGUUGAUUUUCAAUUUGAAGAAUUACUUCGAUCCAUUACCGACUCUGAUUACCAAAGAAAAAAUAACAGAUGAAGAAGUUUUUCAAUGUAAGAAGGUCAUCUACAACCUUAUCUCACUCGAAUCUAAGAUGGAACCUCUCCAUCCGCUGAAUACUGGACAGAGAGUAAAAGGGCAGAAAAGGGAAGACCAGUAUAAAUCAAUGUGGAAUGAGUUGGAAACGCUUUUGAAGAAUAAUCUGCAUUCUGACAAUCACAGGAACGUCUACAAUUGCCUGUUAGAAUGCCACAAGUUCAAUUUUGACGAGGAUAAAAUUUCAGAGAAGGUUGAACUAGAUGAAGCUUUGAAUCAGUUGGAUAAUAUUGGUCCAGGAAAAAUUGACCAAGACAUACCCAGAGCUUCAGUUAUCCGAGCCACAACAGAUUCUCCCAUGUCUCCACCACCUUUGGCCAGCAUCAAUCCUCCAUCAUCUAGAGGAUUGAACAGAAGCGGAUCUAUAUAUAAUACUCAGCGAACGCUUUUGGAAAUAUUCACGUCACAGGAGAAGAGCAAGUCCCGCCCUGACUUUGCUGGACGCCAAACAGACAGUCUAGUAUAUAAGUUGUAUCCUAAUCUGAAGUCGGAUGAUCGAGGGCCCCGCGAAGGAAUGGAAGUGGAGUGAAUUGAUUUUCAAACAAUUAUAUAUGUAAUUAUCGUACUGUAUAGAGAAUAAUUAAACAGUUUAUUUUUUUACAAUUGAAA